GGCGCCUGCAACUGGGCGUGAUGCCGCUCUACGAGGGCCUGGGCAGCGGCGGGGAGAAGACCGCGGUGGUGAUAGAUCUGGGCGAGGCCUUCACCAAAUGUGGGUUUGCAGGAGAGACGGGACCAAGAUGUAUUAUUCCUAGUGAAAUAAAGAGAUCUGACACAGCCAAGCCUAUCAAAGUUGUUCAACAUCAUAUUAAUACAGAAGAGUUGUAUUCAUAUCUGAAGGAAUUUAUUCACAUGCUGUAUUUCAGACAUCUGCUAGUGAAUCCCAGGGACCGCCGUGUUGUGAUCGUGGAAUCUGUGCUGUGCCCCUCACACUUCAGAGACACGCUCACCAGAGUUCUGUUCAGGCACUUUGAGGUUCCUUCUGUGUUGUUUGCUCCAAGUCAUCUGAUGUCUCUCUUGACACUCGGUAUUAAUUCUGCUAUGGUUUUAGACUGUGGAUACGCAGAAAGUCUGGUGCUGCCUAUAUAUGAAGGAAUCCCUAUUUUGAAUUGCUGGGGUGCCCUUCCCCUGGGAGGAAAGGCUAUUCACAAGGAGCUGGCUUAUCAGUUAUUGGAGCAGUGCACUGUGGACACAGGAUUAGCUAAAGGACAAAAACUCCCAUCAGUAAUGGGCUCUGUUCCAGAAGACAUAGUAGAGGAUAUAAAAGUACGCACCUGUUUCGUGAGUGACCUCCAGCGAGGACUGAAAAUCCAAGCAGCAAAGUUCAACAUUGAUGGCAGCGCUGAGCGUCCUUCACCACCUCCAGAUGUGGACUACCCUUUAGAUGGAGAGAAGAUUCUGCAUGUCGUUGGGUCUAUCAGAGACUCGGUUGUUGAAAUGCUGUUUGAGCAGGAUAAUGAAGAGCAAUCAGUUGCAACGCUAAUCCUGGAUUCUCUUAUUCAGUGCCCCAUAGACACCAGGAAGCAGUUGGCUGAGAACUUGGUCGUUAUUGGAGGCACCGCUAUGCUGCCAGGAUUCCUGCAUAGAUUAAUGGCUGAAAUUAGGUACCUGGUGGAUAAGCCAAAAUACAAAGAAGCACUUGCCACAAAGACCUUCCGAAUUCACACUCCACCUGCCAAACCCAACUGUGUGGCGUGGCUGGGAGCAGCCAUCUUUGGAGCACUUCAAGACAUCCUCGGAAGCCGCUCGGUGUCCAAGGAAUAUUAUAGCCAGACGGGCCGCAUCCCGGACUGGUGCUGCCUCAACAACCCUCCUUUGGAAAUGAUGUUUGACGUCGGCAAAACACCACCGCCGUUGAUGAAGAGGGCUUUCUCCACAGAGAAAUAAGUGUCUAAGCACUACACUGGUUUUCCUUUGACUGUUUCAAGUGCAUGUAACAAUGUUGCUCUUCAUAUGUUAGGUAAAUUAUGUAACACUUUCAAAUGAAUGACACCUGUGUAGCUUGGGAGCGUGGUGCUGGGAAGGGCCACGCUGCAGAUGGAUCCAGCCACGUCUAGUCGAAAAACAGAUGGGGUACUCUGCUUGUCUCUUUCUAGGGAGCACAUAUAACUGGCAAAAGUUGUUACCAAGUCAUCUGGCCUGUUUAUAUGUACAGUAGAUGAAAUUAGGAGGCUUCGUUUUUACUUUUAAAUCAGAAGAAUAGAGGAAACUCUGUUACCAGAAACAUCUGUUGAAUUUUCUCCGCCAGACUGUGUGUGUCCACGUUAACAAACAGUUGGCUCAAAGAUGCAUUAAAAUAUCUUCUGAAACCAGUUUUGUGAUCACAAGGUCUGUGGAAAGACAUCAAGGGCUAGGCCUAAAAUUCCUAUUUUCAGUGAUUUGCUUCUGCCAGACACUGUCACAUGCAUUGUCACUCGAACCUACCUGCUAAAAACUUUUUAACUGAACAUUUAGAAAUUAUAAAGGAGAAGCUUAAUAAUGGAACUUCUCUCCCCACUUCCAAUAAAAUGGAAACUUCCUCUGGCAUUUUUUAAACACGUCCUCCUAUAGCAGUAAGUAUGAAAUACAAAUGCAAAAUUAAUCUCUAUGGUAACUGUUGUACAAUAGCUACUAAUAUUCAGACCAAAAACAAUAAAAUGCUUCAGAUUCGUUAA